UAAAAAGCUGUCGCAUACUUGCAUCGCUUGCAUUUUAAAGUAAUUUUGUGGGUAGGAGAUCUAAAACCCUCGAAAACUUUAAGACUAAAGAACUCCAAAACGUGAACUCGUAAUGAAUAUUAGCCAAAUAAUCGGAAAGUUGUGCUUGUAAAGAUUUCACGUUUUUUCUAGAACAUUUGGUUUCAUCUUCGACAAGUUUUCAUGAAAGUUAUCGUUACGGUUUUGCAUGAAACUUCAAAGUUUAGUAAAGAUAGCUAGAGGUUAACUAAAGUCUGUUAUUUCCGUAGUGUGGAGCAGCCAUCAGGAGCUUCAAGACACCACCGGACAUCACAGUCCUUCCUUCCAAUAGAUAAAUGUUCAAUGGAGUUCACUCAAAGAUAAUCAGCAUCCCGUUUUAUUGGAGAAACUUCCAGUGUCGACCGAGUUAAAGAUCUCUUCCAUUCCCCUUUGUUUAAAUGUCCUCGUGUACGCCCAUGCGAGUGUGGGUGUAUUCACGAGGACUCCCUUUUACCCUAUCCCACCUGGUGGAGUCAACUUUUCAGCGGAUGGAUGGAGCACCUGUGGAUGGAUGCCUGGCUGUAUUUCCCAGGCUUUAAGGGAAUUAUACACGUUGAUGAAUCAAGUGUCAAACGUUCUCAAGUCUCAAGGAGUGGGAAAAAGGUGAUCCAGUGGCAAUUGAUGUCCCACCAAUUUAUGUCCACUCGCUGUCGCCUCAAUGCUCGCUUGCUGUGCCCAUGUCGGAGCCGUCCAUUCCGUAGUCUUUACCGGAUUCAGUGCGGAAGCGAUGGCCAAUCGCAUCAACGACGCUGAAGCUAAGGUAGAUAUUACUGCUGGCCAAGGGGUCCAAGGGGGCAAAUUAAUUGAAUUGAAGAAAUGAACAGCAGUUGAAAAAUGUCCGACUGUUAAAAAUAUUCUCGUAGCCAAAAGAAUCCUGUUGAUUCACCGUUUCUUGAUGUCAAUCUCGAUGAGGCGUUGGUUAAAGAGAGUGGUGGAUGUGAACCGGCCGUUUUGGACAGCGAAGAUUUGCUGUUUAUGCUUUACACAUCCGGCAGCACAGGAAAUCCUAAAGGGAUUGUUCAUUCUUAAGCUGGCUAUCUUCUUUAUGCGUCGUUGACGUAUAGUUGAAAUAGUUUUCGAUUGCAAAGAAGGAGGAUCUCAAAUGCUGACGUAAUUAAUUCUCGUUUUCCCAACAGGUCGAUAUUGGAAGGCUGUCCAGCGUCUAAAAAUUAACCAAUUGUAUGCAGCUCCUACCGCCAUUCGAUUAUUAUUGAAAUACGGCGACGAACAUGUCGAAAAAUAUGAUCUCAGCUCUUUCCGCACUCUGGGUUCUGUGGAUUAACCUAUCAACGUGGAGGCUUAGCACUGGUACAACAAAGUUGAACGAUGCAAAGAGAAAUGCGUCGUUGUGGGUGGCAAACGGAAACGAUAGGCAUUUGCAUCAGUCCAACACCCUCAGCCCCUGGCUCAGAAAUUCUUCUCGGCAUGCAGAUAAGGCCGAUGUACGGAAUCUGGCCGGCUAUUCUAGAAGAAAAGAGGGGAACGAGUUGAAAGACAAUAAUGAUGUAACAUCUGUCUUGUGCUUGAAAAAUCCUUGGCCUAGAAUGGCACGCACCAUUUAUGGAACAUAUUACAGCCGCUUCAUGGAAACUAAUAAUCAACCUUUUUCAAAACGGCCCCAAGGUUGGCGACAAUUUCCCUGUGGAUCCAGUUGCUUUGGCGGAGGACAAUUGCGAUCCGGUGCUACUCCAAUUCGCAUUUCGUCAGUUCCAGCACCUGGAAUUUUGUCCAAAACGGUUUUCUUAAUCGCCGAACCACCAGUGCAGGCCGCCAAAAGAAUCAACAACGUGAAGAACAGACUGAAGAGACGCAUCUUUUUGACUACGAAAAAAUGUGCUGCGUUUGCGACGACUACCCAAAGACUUUUGUCGUCUAUAGAAUGGCCACAGUUGUCAAAGUUAUGGAACGCGACCGCAACAAAAGGAAGACGAGAAAAUAAAAGACGCAUCCGUUUUGAGAAAUCGUGGCAGGAAGGGACCAGUUGGCCUUUUUUGAAAACUCUUGACAUCAUUCACUACUUUUUAUUUUGAACCGCACCGUUGCGUUGCAAAAUUUUAUUUUUAUUUAUUAGACGCAAGUGUCUAACUGUCCGUUCAAAUAUUUGACCAAGAAUUAUGAACUUCUUAUAUUUUCCUAAGGAUCUUUAAUAAAGCGCAAUGAUUUUUCCUAUUAAGUCUGCUGGGGAGAAGUUUGUAAAGAACUUUUUAUUUUUGUUAUCUUCUAUUUUAUAUUGAUUACCUCUUAAUUACAUUAAUAUCUUAGUUCGUUCGUUCGUUGUUUCUAUCUCGCUUACUUCGACAAAUUUACUUUUCGGAAAGAAGAACUUUUUAAAAAUAUUUUUUUUUAGUUUUCUCCGGUUGAUAGGGUGUAGUACUUAACUAUGAUAUUUCUUGUUAAUAUUUAUUUGCUAUUUUUGUUUUGGCAAGUGUCGGACCUAUGCGGAAAAUGCAAAUCCAGAAAUUAGGCGAUAAACUGAUGAAGUGAUGAGCGGUUCCCGUUCAACCGUCUCGCACUUUGACUAUUUUCGCGAUUGUGAUGUUGGCAACGCUGCACAUUCCAAAUAAACAAACAAGAUUGAGAAAAAAAGCUGCUGCAUACUUGCAUCGCUUGCGUAGUAAUUUUGUGGGUAGGAGAUCUAAAACCCUCAAAAAGUUUAUGACAAAAGAACUCCAAAACGUGAACUCGUAACGAAUAUUUGCCAAAUAAUCUUAAAGGUGUGUUUGAAAAGUUUUCACGUUUGUUUCUAGAACAUUUGGUUUCGUCUUUGACAAGUUUUCAUGAAAGUUAUCGUUACGGUUUUGCAUGAAACUUCCAAGUAUAGUGUCAACCAAAAUAGCAAGAGGUUAACUAAAGACUAAAUAAAGUCUGUCAUUUCCGUAGUGUGGAGCAGCCAUCAGGAGCUUCAAGACACCACCGGACAUCACAGUCCUUCCUUCCAAUAGAUUAAUGUAUAAUGGAGUUC